AUUUAUGCUUAAACCUAGAGGUGAAGUACCACUCCAGCCAGAAGUGAAACAGAUCGGAUUGAAAAUUUGUGAUUUCAUAAAUUUGAUUUAUUAAUUGAUAAAAUGUUCCGUUCUGAUCUGAUUUAUUGAAACCAUUUUAACUUUUCUUGUAGACAACAAGGAAAAAAGUAUAAAAAACAGAACAACAUAGCCAAUUAAAUAUUAAACUAUUAUUCUUGUUUUAUUUGGUUACGAUCCAUUUUUAUAUUACGUGGAAAUUCACCGUAUGCCAUGCUACAAAAGAAAAAUUGGUAUAUAUUGUGUUAGUCUUUUUAUGCUCUAUAUAUAUAUAUUUAUAUAUAUAUAUAUUUCUCAUAAAGAGAACAGAUAAAUAUAAUCUCAAUGGUUAUUGGAAUAUGGAACCAAGGAAGCUUGUCUAUUCAGGAUUAAUGAGAAAAUCACCACCUGAGGAAAAAAUUGAGAAAAAUUAUAAGUGGAGGAAACGACAUUUCAAGCUAUGGUCUGACAAAACACUUGAAUAUUACAAGCGCAAAAAUGACUUGAAACCACUCAAGGAACCCAUCGAAUUAAAUUCAUGUUUGGAAAUUAUAAAAAUGAAACCUGAAUAUAAAAAAUAUUUGAAGCAGACAAGAUAUAAAUGGGGAUUUUGUCUUUCAACGCCUACCCGAUCGUAUAAUUUGGUUGCCAUAUCUAAAGAAGAGAAGGAAUUGUGGAAAAAGCAUCUUGCUGCAGUUUGCAACUUUGGACCAGAUUUAAGAAGACCAGUAGAAGAUAUCCAUGAUAUAAUGACUGACGCCCAACAGCAUCGUGAUUCAAUAUCAUCAAAAGGAAGUAGUGUUUCUAGAAAAUCUUUCAGUACCUCGUCAUCAUCAGAUCCUGGCAGUGCGAUAUUACAUCGUGUUAACCAAGUAACGACUACUGAUGGUGUCAUCAAUAAUGAUGUUGAUGAAGAUGAUAAUUAUAAUGAUGAUGAUGCUUUGUCUUCCUCCGGUAGCUCCAAUGAAGCUGAUGAUACAUAUGAUACACCAAGACCUAGUAUAUGCAGUGACAGGACUGGUUCUUUAUCAACUGUUGACAGUUCAAGGAUAGAUAGUUUUGCAAGUGCUCGAAAUGAAUCCAUAUCCAGUAAUUUUAGUGAUAAAUCAAAAGCAAUGCCUAAUGAAAAUGAUGAUUACCUAGUUAUGACGGAAAACGAUGUGUCUAUUCCAGAUGAGGAAGACAGCAGCGAUGUUUACCAGGACAUGGGAGUCGUUUCUCCCAUUAACCACAUUAAAAUCACUCCAGAAUGGGGCUCAAAGAAACAAAGUUCGACUAAAAUUCGGACGCUAUUUUCGCCUAACGGAGAAAGUUACGUACAAAUGAACCCCGUCCCUGGGUCUGAUUAUAUACCAAUGGAUGACAAAAAACCUGAACCUUUUGAGAAAAAUAAGAAAUUUAAGCAAAUCAACAAGUCGUUGUCCUUGCGUCCCAAACCGUCUCCAUCUCUGGCUGCAAUACCAAGAGCUUCCACCAUGCAAAUUCAAAGAACUUAUCCCGCAAAAUCAGAGGACCCUUACUUAGCCGCUAUACCAGAUGUGAAAAAUAAAUGCAUAAAUGAACCACCAGUCCUAGCGGAGCCUGUUGCACCGGAUGUCUGCAGAGAAACGAAACCGUCACCUUCAAUUGAUCGGUCAACCAAACCAAGACUUGUCAAACAAACUUCGUACGUAGAUUGGUAUAAACGACCACCUUUGCACCAUACGACUAACCUUAACAUGUCAUUUGACACAGGACAGUUUCGGCGUGCUUACGAUGAGUCUCACGCUUACAUGCAACAUAACAUAAUGAACCCGUCUCAAUAUGAUAAUAACACUACGCGACGUUUUAAUGAUCAAACUGACUUUGGAGAUUACUCUAACCAUAGGUUAAAAAGCCAUAAACAAGACUUUCGUAAUGGAGCUGUGAAUUACUGUAAUGUUGAUUUGAACGAGUUACGACGGCUUAAACCUAAUAAUAAUAAUAACAAUUACCAAGAAAGUGUAGGCGAUCUUUAUGCGAAUUUUGAUUCUUGUCAAAUUGAGGAUGAUAAUAUUUACGAGGUUGAGAACAUUGAUUAUAAGAAUGAAGAAUUACCAACACCACCUGAUAUUGCAGAAACAUUUAAUGGAAUUUCAGUGCAGGGCUAUGAGAAUGUACAGGCCACACCCAGAAGCCCAACGGAGGGUUUAAAUUAUGUGGAGUGUCAACCAGCCAGUCAUGAAAUGACAGGCGAACUUGGUGAAACAAAAACUGGUACCCAUUAUGUCAUGGUCGAUACAUUAAAAUCUCAAGCGGUUAAAAAAUUGAGAUGAAAAUUAUGAUUUUUGUAAAAUGAAAUAAAAACAGUGUGGUGACCUUGCAUUAUUUUUGAGAAUCACUUGAAUUUUCUUCUGAAACAAAUUAAAAUUCUGGAAGUGAAACAGUUUUAAUAAAAAAAAAUGUCUAAAAAUUUGAUAUUAAUUGAUAAAGGAUGUAAAAAAAAUAAUUAUUUACGUCACCUUCCAGCAACUAGACGACCAGUACAAUAUACAAUCUUAAACGUAAAUUUAAAAUUUGAAAUGCUUUAGCAACUUUUUUUUCAUCAUCUCUAUCAACUAAAGUUUUAUAUAUUCAGUUUAUAUUGUUUUUCAAUAAACGUUCAAUGUACGUUGUAUGAGAAGUUAUUGUGUACAAAAUCUUGAUUUUGAUUCAUGUACUACGCUUUUUUUUCCACGAUUCAAAGUUUAUAUUUUUUAUAUAUUUGUCGUUUUUUAAAGCAAUAUUUUUCGUAUAUGUUUUUAACAGUAAUAUUUUCUAUUCAAUUUUUUUGCAUUAAGCAAUUUUUCUAUGUAUUUUAUAUAUAAAGUAGACGAUGUAUACACGAUAUGUCGUUGAUUUUUUCCUCUUUUUUUAUAUAUAUAUAUAUAAAAACUCUUCUACCAACUAUGUAUACACCAGAUGUGCUGUGACAGAUGGACUUUUGAAAAUUAACUUUGUGAGGAAAGAUAAUUUGUGUGCUUUUUUUUUAAGCAAUUCAAAAAAAUAGAAAGUUUUGAUAUUAAAGAAUUCCUCAAUACUUCUUUUAUACCUUUAUACCUUCAGUUUUUACGAAUUUUCGCGUAUUUUGACCAAAUUUAGAGAAUUAAAGUCCUUGAGAAUUUCUUAAAACGCCAUUCGCUUUCUUAUAAGCUUCAUCUUGCAAGCACUGUGAGGUUCAAGUCUUUUAAAAAAACAAAUCAACUUGUGACAACAAGCAGUGGAAGUGAGUGAAAACAAAGCUUUUAGAAGAGCAACAGUUUUCCAAACUGUCCUCAUUCUAGAAAUCAUGUAAGAUUCCAUACAACAACAGAAGUUUAAUUUCAAUUGGCGCAUUAUCCUAGCAAAUAAACACGUGACUUUGAUAGUUGUGCCUCGAAAAUGCAGAAACGUAAGCAACAAUGAGCCUAACUAAAAUUUUGCGUUGCCUUUUAAUAAACGUGUACACGCCGUAUAACAAAAAAUAUGUGGCCAAAAAUCGUCAUUCAACAAAAAUAAGUACUAACUUAUCGUACGCAAAAUAUAAUUCGUACUGGAGCUUAAAUUAUUUUAUUUUGUUCAAUUUAUAUAUUUUUUAUUUUUUUAUUAUUUUACCAUGUUUAUAUAUAUAUGUUUAAUAUACAGUUUGUUGAUCAA